GGGAGCCAUGUUGACUCGCAUGAUCGAGUCUAACCCCGCCGCAGCCUGGUACGAGUGUACCCGCCAGCUUUCAGCAGCGUUAGCACGGACCAAAAUUAUCCCGGAAUAAAGACAGCACGCAUGUGCCGUCAACCCGGAUGUAGAUGUUUCCUGUGCGCGUCGAUCCCCCGUUUCACCAAGCCCUGACAUAUCGGCCCGCAGCAAUGACUGGUGUGUUUUAGCACCGGAUGUACAACGCUGCGCCAGUACGAGCCGUUACGAACCGGGUUAGCGAGCAACGGCCGUGACAUGUUUGCAGUUACGUGGAUGUCACGUGUCAGACACCGCUCCUCAACAACAAGGGGAAGCAGGAGAGCUGCACAUUUGAUUUACGGCCGGAGAACAUAAGUAGACCGCAACUUCAGUCCGAGGAUGGACUUUCGCGGCCGGAGACACGAGCGAGGCAGCAACUGGACGGACCCGGAGAUCGUGGAGCUGCUGCAGCUGUGGUCCGACGAGUCGGUGCAGAUCGAGCUGGAGAGUUCGCUCCGCAACCAGCGGGUGUUCGACCGCAUCGCCCACGUCCUGCGGGAGAAGGGCAUCUUCCGCACGGGGGACCAGUGCAGGGAGAAGAUCAAGAAGAUGAAGCUGGAGUACCGGCGGAUCAAAGACAACCACAAGAUGAGGUCCUGGAAGUUCUACGAUGUGAUGGACAGGGUGCUGGCGAACCGGCCCGCCAUCACCUACGCCUCCCUGGGCGGGGCUGUCAUCGCGCAGCAGGUGUUCCAGGGCCCGGACGCGUACCUGCAGGGGGUCCCACCCGGAGCCUUUGGCCCUGCCUCCUCAGGUGGGUUUCUGUUCGGUCAGCCCCCUAAAGCAGGGGACCCGCUGGGUAUAAAAUGUGAGGAUGUGGAGGAGAGCCUGCUGAACUCAGGUGUCGCCCCCCCUGAGAUGUACUACGGAUCUGGGGAUGAUCAGGAGACCGAUGGGCAAUCUCUGCUGGGGCCGGAGGACACACUGGGGCGAGGAGAGAGCUCAACAAACCCAAGAGCCUCACCUUCAGGUUUUAGUGACGUGAACAUUGCGGGCUCUGCCGCAGCUGCCAUCCAGAUCGCUGGUCGUCCUGUGUCACUGGAGCAACCCAGCAAAGAUGGUUCUCCUUCCCCAGCCUCUGCAAGACAGAGGAAGCGUCGCCGCGGUGGGAAAACGUCAUGGAGCCACGGAGGUGCUCGGUGUGGCGUUCAGGGCAGCCUGGACAGAGCCCUGGUCAGCUUCCUGAACUGGCAGAGGUCGGCAGAGGAGCGUCUCCUCUCCCUGGAGGAGGCGCGGCUGGAGAGGGAGCUGCAGGCCGAGGAGCGCAGGGAGGAGCGGGAGGAGAGACGGGCGGAACAGGAGCGCCAGCACGAGCUCCGCCUCUUCAGCAUGCUCACGGGCGCGUUGGCUGCUGUCAGACAGGCUGCUCCGACCACUGCGACGCCGCCGACUGACCCCGACGUCGUCCCCGAAGCUCAACCAUCAGCCUCACUGAUAACCACGACUGCUGCCGCCAUCUCGUCAUCUUUAUCUCAGACGCCUUCAGAGGCUCCCACGGCUCAGGCUGUUUCCACGCAGGAGGCAACAACCUUAACACCACCUACAUCUGUCAAAGCCGGCAAAACCUCUCUGAGUGUUUCAGCAGUACUGACGGGUGCAGACCCUCCCGGCCAUAGCAUUUACCUGUCCAAUCGUGGUAAUAGCUUCCGACGGCAUCAGGGCAUUCUCCAGGAAGGGUUUUUCCAAUAUGCACUGGACAAAUAUCACAACACAAAAAACCCUGAUGGUGUAAUCAACAUGGGAACCAGUGAGAACAAACUAUGCUACGAUCUCCUCCUAAAGCGGAUGACCAAGCCUGACAUGCUGCAUAUUGACCCGCCCCUGUUGCAAUACUCCGACUGGAGGGGACACACUUUCCUGAGAGAGGCGGUGGCAGACUUCCUGACUCACUACUGCUCCGCUCCGAAGCCACUCAAAGCCGAAAAUGUUGUGGUGAUGAAUGGUUGCGGUUCCCUUUUCUCGUGUGUUGCUGCGGUAAUUUGUGACCCUAAAGAUGCAAUUCUUAUUCCCACUCCUUUCUACGGCGUCAUCACAGAGGAUCUGCACUUGUAUAGUGACGUUAAUCUCUUCCAUGUUCCUUUGGACUGCGAGGCUGAUGGCAAAGACAGUCGUCCCUUCCACCUCACCGUAGGGAAACUAGAAGAAGGUCUGAAAAGAGCUGAGCAAGAGGGGUUGACGAUCCGCGGUGUUAUACUAAUGAACCCCCAUAAUCCUCUGGCUGAUGUCUACACCCUGGCGGAGAUGAUUGCCUUCUUGGAGUUUGCCAAAAGAAACGAACUCCACGCCAUUGUGGACGAAGUGUACAUGCUGACGGUCUUUGAUGAAUCUGUCACCUUCCACAGUGUCCUCAGUGCAGACAGUUUGCCAGACCCACAGAGGACGCACGUAAUGUGGGGGUUGAGCAAGGACUUUGCAUUGUCAGGAAUGAGAUUAGGAACUCUGCAUUCCGAGAACAGACACCUAGUGGAAGCUCUGGCCCAGCUGGGCUCAUUCCACGGUAUCUCUGGACCCACGCAGCACCAGGUAGCACAGCUGCUUCAGGACAGAGAGUGGAUCAGUGAGGAAUUCUUGCCAGUGAACAGAAGCCGACUGAAAGCUUCUCACAGCUACGUGACAGGAGAGCUGCAGAGUCUGGGCAUCCCCUACCUGGACCGGCGCGCUGCGCUGUAUGUCUGGGCCGACCUCAGGAAGUAUCUCAGAGAGCCAUCAUUUGAGGAGGAGUUGUGUAUGUGGAGGAGUUUCCUCCGACACAAGCUGGUGCUGAGCUGUGGUCAGGCCUUCUCCUGCUCCGCCCCCGGCUGGUUCCGCAUCGUCUUUGCAGACCAACAAAGCAACCUUCAACUCGGCCUGAAGCGAUUCAGGGAGGCUUUGAAAGAAAUGGAGGAAAGUACCAGCCCCGAUCCAGAGUCCGUCAAAGACGCCAGUGAGGAGAGCGAGACGUCAGUGAAAGAGGACAGUGGCGACUCGGACAACGCUGCGACUGUUAAUUCAACAUCACCACCCCGGCAGGAGUCAGCCGACCCGCUGAAGGAGAAGGAUAGCCCUGUUCCCGACGCAGCCUCGUUGGCCCCCGAGGAGCUUGUGUUGCUGGACUGCCAAGCAUCGAAUCACGUGGAGGGUCUGGACUCUCUGAUUGGUACACUCAGGCAUCAAAUCCACUCCUCCGAUUGGCUGGAGAAGAACACUCCAGAGCUGUCUUCCGGAGAGGACCCGGAGAUUCUAGAUGUAUUUAAGGCCCUGCUGCAAAGGGCCAGUAAGUAGGCUUAGGAGGUAGCUUGCCAGUUUUUUCGAGAGGCAGCACUUAAGCAUCCAACUCGCUUGCCGCGUUUAUUUGCAGAGCAGCUCGACGCAAACGCUGAAGCAAGGUCAAAUCGGAUUCCUGUUUUUUGAGGAGCGAAGAGCCAAUGUUAGCUGAGAGACAGUUAAAGAGGAAGGAAGAAGGAAAACAGCGCAGCCAAGGCCGGGAUGGAAGAACAGGAGGGCGCACUUUUCUAUCUGCAUCGGCUGGCCUUAUUUUUAAGCUGCUAAAGGAGACGGCCUUGAAACUUUUGUAAUCCACAGUCAAAAGUUUAAUGUUCAAAUUCUGAGUGAAUGCCAAAUGUAAAAGCAACCAAAAGCAGUUCCGUUCUGUUCUCAAACCUUAAUAGUCUGUUAAUCUGAAUUGUAAAAUUUUUAUUAUUUCUAUCAUAUGCACUUUAUUUUACCAGAAUGUAUUGUACUUUCAUUAAAGUUAAUGAUCUACUGAAA